CGCGCAGGCACAGUACCACCAAUUAGCGAAGACGCCCCGACGCGGUGCGCGGCGCUAAUCCUGCCACCUCGUUGGACGGACGGUUACGUGAGCGACCCCGCAUGACCGGAAUCACGGAGAACCAAUCAUAGGCACUUGGCCCCGACUGCUGCCUAAAAUUCCGUCGCGUCCAACAAACACCUCACCGAAAACAACUCUCGCGAGAAGGAGCGUUGCAUAUUAGACCUAUUUGGCCGGCCAUCCCCAAGCACUACAAGAGCUUCUCUCUUCUUCAUCAUGGACGGACCCUCGCAGUCCACGAAAAGACGGCUCGACACGAGUCUCGAGACCCCUUCAUUACCUGCCGCGAAACGAGCACGACUAUUCGAGACGAACCUGCAGCAACCCGCGCCAAAGCGCCCUAGAGCCUCGUUCCUCGAAGACCACGUCGGACUGACAGACAGGAUUUCCGGGUGGCUCGAGUCUAUCGGAUCAGACCGAGAAAAACGCUGCCGGUCAGACAGCUACCUUCACGCCUCGAGCGACGACCCCAUCCCGAGAAACCGCACGAGAUCAGCGCCACAGAUGGCCUACAACCGAGAUGCAGAUGGAUACGCCAUGCCACCGACACCAAACUCAUAUGCCGGAUCAUUUGCGCCGUCGAUCGCACCAUCAGGCGACGCCGGCGCCACCCCUGGCUCGAGUCGAUCAUCAAGAGCUCUCGUUGAAGAUCCAUUUUACCGAGACCAGAACCUAGCUGCAAACGGCAUCUACAUGCGUUACCGUGACGAGCCAUUCCCUGAACACAUCGCCAGCGUUGUUGAUACGGCACGCAAGAAGCGUGAUUCUCCUGGGCCGUCCCCUGACGACGUGUACCGAGACAGGGCCUUGGGCGCCCUUGAGAUGGAAGGACUCGACGAGCCAGAUGUAGAGGACUACUUCAGGGACAGAGUGUUCCCCAAAGCCGGCGAAGAAAACGACCUGAGGCGCACCUACAGACAGCCGAUGUCUAGACAUGCCGUACCGAGCUCCGCCAAGCCCAAGCUCAGAGUCAGCAACCCGAUCCCUGACAUGCUGUACGGAUACAGGCGUCAUCAUGCAUUUCCCGACCAGCAAACGCAACUCAUCUCCAUGGGAACCGAAAUGAAUGGAACAGCCAACACUCAGGGAUUGAUGUACCCAUUCUUCGUCAUCGAAUUCAAGGGUAACGGCGGCGACCUCUGGGUAGCGACGAACCAGUGCCUUGGAGGAUCCGCAUCUUGCGUCAACAUUGCCGAACGCCUCAAUGACCAACUGAGGAAGUGCAAGAGCAGCAAGGUCCAACCAGUUGACAGCACCGUGUUCAGCAUCGCCAUGAACGGCGAAGUCGCGCGACUCUAUGUCUCAUGGAAGCACAACGAGUUGGACUACUACAUGCAGAAAGUGAGGAGCUUCUUGCUUCAGGACCCAGAGCAUUACAUCGAAUUCCGCAAGCACGUCAAGAACAUCAUCGACUGGGGAAGAGACAAACGCCUGACGGAGAUCCGAGAAUCACUAAAUACCCUUCUGGAAGCAGCCGGACAGAGUGCCUCAGAAGCCGCGAAAGCCCGACCUCCACCACGUACCAGCUCCGCUAGCGACAGCAAAAGGCACUGCCCUAGCGACCCGGGAUACUACGAAUGAUCGGUCGUUGGGACAUGGACCAUGAAGGAGGGGAAACUUGUUACAACCUGCCUGUUACGAGCUGUCCUCUUGACUGAGACCGAGGCGUACUGUCGUACGGGGAGGCAAGGGGUAUGCUUUGGACGUGGACUAUUCAGUGACAAAGGGGUGGACGCAAGGACACAAUAAGUCGCAAGUCGCAGUAGCAAUUUAUUGAAUAAAGCAAUUACUACGAGGAGCCGUAAGGAGCGAGCUCCCCGGUGUUAUAUACACAAGCCUCUUGGCGUGAUCCCGCGUCCCGUUCAUGCGUACACUAACAGGUCCGGCGCCUCGAGCACGAGCAGCAGUCGCGAACACUCUUCGGCUCGUCUUCCAAAAGCCCCGUCCCCGAUCAGCCUCGAAACGAGCCACCGCAGGUUACUCCGUCACUGUCCCCGUCCUAAUGGUCCUAACGCCAUGGGAAACCCUC